AUGCCGGGCAGGGACUGCUCGAGUUGCGCCACUGGAUUGGGUACUGUAACCUUUGGCCACUUUCUUGCUUGUUUGGUUGGAAAGUCCGCUCUAUAUAACCUAACUUUUGCCGCGCUACAGUCGUGA